CAUUUUUUAUGCGCAAUUUUCAUCAUCCACAGAAACAACUAGCUGAGUUUGACCGUGGUUCAGCCCAGAAGAUAGAGCAGGCCGUGAAGGACUGUCUCCAUGCCCUGGAGGUCAAGCAGGCUCAGGCUCGUCUGUCUCUCAAGGAGAAGCAGCUCCAGGAACUGGCUGAAGCCAUGAGGGAUCUCUCUCCAGAAGAGGCACUUGUCCAGCAGUAUACAGAGCUUGCUGAGAAGGCAGCAGCCGACGCCCAGAAGUUCCGAGAGACCAAGGUUGCUCAGAUGCAGGGAGAACUGGACAGCAUCAAGGCUGAGAAGAAGAGGAGGGAUGAUGCUCGCCGGGCAAAGAUGGAGCAAGAAGUCGCUGCCCUGGAGGCUGAGCUGGAGAACGACAGGAUCCGUGAGGAGGAGAGGGAAAGGAAGAGACAGCUGGAGAAACAGAGAGCGAAGGAGCAGCAGAAGGAGGAGGCCGAGAGACGUCUCCAGCAGGAGCUCCAACACAGCGAGGGCAACGAGGCUGCCAAGGAGAAACUCCUCCAGGAGCACAAUGAGAAUAUGAAGCGGUUCGAGGGGAACUUCCAGAAGGACCAGCAGAGGAACGCUGAGAGGAUCAAGGCCAGACUGGAGGCUAGGAAGCAGAAGAAACAGCAACAGGAGAUGGCACGGAUCCAGGGAGACAUCAGGAACCAGACUGAUAUUGAUGAGAGACGAACACAAGAUCAGAUGAAUCUCAUUCAACAGAAAGGUGCUUCUGAGCUCAACCAGAACAGCGUGAACUCCUGGCGCCCUGAGAACCCCGGAGACUGGGCCCAGAGGAAAGAAGACGGUCUGGACGACAAACCUGACCUCCCCGAGGGGGUCAACCAGGCCAUGUACUCCGCUCUCAUGGCGUCACCGUUCUUCACUGAUCUGAAAGAGAUCGAAGAGAUGCUGAAGGAUACUCUUGGAUUCAAGGAUGGGGUCAAAGGUGCCGUAAACGACCCAUUUAUUGACUUGAAGGAUGCGCAAUGGAUUCUGGGAAGCGAAAUCACCCCGCUCGACAUCGACAGCAUCUCACCGAGCCAGUUCAUCGUCUACCGCUUCGGCGUCUUCAUCACUCGCCUUCUGCGCAUGACCCUGCGCAUGCCCGACGUGACCCUACUCCUCGCAUCCUCACUCCCGCAGAAUGACUACAAACGUAACAUGUUCAGGCAUUCCUUCUUCUACCAGCAUGCGAAGAAGAUUUUGUUUGUGCGCCACGAGAGGCUGGACUCGGUCGGCGAGUUCGUGAUGGUCAUCGUCCACUGUCUGGCGCACAUCAAGGUCAACGACCUCACUGACGAUACCAACCCGUACUUCCUACGAGAAUUCUUCAAGGGAAUGAAGAUGAUCUGCCAAGACAUGUUCUUCUCAAGAGCAAAGGUCACACAGGGCUCUAGAGCUCUCGUCGGGGGCAUGAUGCCGAAAGGAAAGCGCCCUCUGGAGGCCAUCUUCAAGCAGGGCAAGGGAGGUAACGAGAAGGCCGCAGCGGCUGUCGUCACGGAGCUCAUCGAUACGCGAGUCAAGCAUACUGACAAGGAGGACUUUACUAAGGAGAACAUCAAGGAGCGCAUCACUGAUGAACAGGCUGCAUCCUCCAAGGCAAGGCUGAGGGAGUACAUGGUGUCUCACGGAGGAUUCAAGUCCACCUCUGACUUUGUGGAGACGAGACUCAAGGAACUCAGAGGCACCAAGACACCUGGAGAUGAAGGCAGAAGGCCUACUAUCCAUAUCACGGCGAUAUCGAGUCUCCGCAGCCAACGAGAGCUCUUCGACCUCCAGAUAACCCAGACCAACACCCAGCUAGACCAACUCAACAGCCAACUCGCCAAGUCGAUGCAGGAUCUCCAGGAUGCUAGAGAAGGCAUCAAGCGAGCGGAGGAGGAGCCUUCAGCAGCCGGCACAGCCCAGCACGGAGAAGGGGAGAAGUCGGCCGAGGUGCUUCGUAUGCAGGCAUCAGCGCUGGAUAUGAAGAUUACCAACCUGACGAAGAAGGUCGAUCAGGUGGAGGCGGAGCUUGUGAAGAAACGCAAGGAGAGGGAUGCAGCUUCGUAGAUCAUCUAAAACAUCCAUCUCUAAAGCCCACACGUUGUUUAUUUAUGUAUGUAUGUAAAAGCUCAUGCUCAAAAGGCAAAAUAUAUACGCACAUGACUGAGCUUUGUUUUUAUAAUUCCUACACAUACAUCUUUGAUCAGUUGUGGAAUGGCAAAAUUGAACUUUUAUAUGUUUCUUGAUCAAAAUUGCUUAGUGCCUUUUUGUUGUAAAUAUGAAUAAUUUGUGUGAAUCUCCCGUCCUUUUUAUAUAUUAUCACUCAAUGUGAGAAACAUGACGUCCAGAAAGUUUUCCUGUACUACAGACUUUAUUGCAACGAACAAAGAUGUUAAUGAUUAUUUUCAUGAACAAAGAAUAUAAUGAUCACAGAUAUGUACAUAUUUCUAAUUUUAUAUCGUAUUGUGUGUGUGUUUGUCGUGAAGUGCAGUUUCUAAAUAGACUAUUCUAUUUAUAUCUAUUUCAAUCAGUGUGAAAAUCAAUAAUGAAAUGUAUUUAGUCAAGUAAAAUUUAUACUUCAGAGCUUAAGAUGUUAUUAAAUAUAAUACGUAAAGCGUAGAUGGUAAUUGUGAGUAAGGAAAAUAAUGCUUCAAAAGAUUAGAUUUUCAGUUGUAGUCUGUAAAAGUGCAUAAGUUUGGUCGAACACAAAGAUUAUGGCGCACUUCACAUGAUGGAAUAUCUACCUGUAUAUUUAUAUUUGAAGAAUUUAAUCUCUCAAUUUUAGCAAUAGAUGAACAGAUUUUUGUGUGUGUGUUUAGUAAUUAGUGUUUAUUUGCAAAUAUCUUGGAAGUGUAUGAUCUUUUCAGUGUCAGAAGGAUGCUUAAGUAUGCAAGUUAAUACUCUUAUGGCAGACAAUAUGUAGAUUUAACCUUAUUUGGUUUGGUUAGAUUUUGUAUUUUCUUAAAUGCUAUUCACCCGAUGCCCUCAUAUUCCGUCCGAAUAGUGUUUUCAGUUUUAGUUCAGAAAAAAAGGGAGAAAAAUCAUUUUUGAUAUGAUUAUAAUGUCAAAUCAUGAGAUCAAAUAAUUGAGAGAGAUGUGUAACACAAUUAAAUUCAAAAUCAUCAUUCAAAUAUUCAUAUGGAGUCUGAAAUCUUGUGUUAAAAAAGAGUUGCUCAAUAGAAUCACAGAAUCAAAUCAUAUUAUUGAAUCAUUGAGAUAACAAAAUUCUUUGUACAAAAGCAUUGUGCAAAUUUUUCACCUGGAGUUUGUGAUCUGUAAAAUCAGUCUGGAAUUGAAUACAUAGAGCAAUACCUGACAAAAUUGAAUGUCAUUAUUUUAGUGUAACAUAAUCAUGAAUAAUUGCAACCUGUUGUUGAUAUCAGUUGCUGAUUUAUUAAUCUAUAAAAACAUUGUCUUUAAAAUGAAAAUCACCUUGAACAAUGUUUUGAUUACCAGUAUUUAUUUGACCAAAUAUUAUUGAAUGAGGAGCACCUUGAUUGUAUAAUUGAUUUUAAAAAAGUUGAACUACAUUUACAAUGAUCUAUACAGUGUCUUUCAAUUUUUAGUAUUCUGUUAGUAUUUUUUAUAAAUUUUGAUAUUAAUCGCAUGCCUAUGUUCUCUUUAUUUGAAAACAGAACGAAAAAUUCACCGUAAUUGCUUACACAUAUUAUGUCUAUCCUCCGUUGGCGAUGAACAAAAGCGAUUACAAAUAGGAAAGGAAAAUCAUGGAAUAAACUUGAUCUUUGUAAUCUGAAGUUUCAUAAUUUUGUAUGAUAGUUUUCACAAAAGUUAAUCUUUUUCUUGGAAGAACUUGUAUCUUUAAUUAUUUUGUCUAUUCUUAUUUUGUGUGCUGAACAUUGCAGCAAAUGUUGUUAUAUGUAUAGAAGUAUUGAACUUUUCAAAUUCUUCCUAUGUUUGAUGAUUUUGUACACUCUAAUGCCUUGAUCAAAUUCAAUAAUAUUACUUUCUUCUAUGCAUUCCAAUGUUACUUGUAGAGUUAUAUGACAUAAUAAUUAAUGCUUGUAUAUUUUAUCAUUGAUAUUGACUACUCAGAAAUGUAUUUUGUUUGAUAAUUGAAGAAACAAAUCUAUACAGAAUUUACCUAUCAAGAAUGCUUUUAUGAAUAGAUAUGUGCUUAUUUACAUAUUUUUGGAAAACUUGUAUGAUAUGAGUGCCUUUUCCGUCCUUUAUUGUGUACCUUUUUUGUUUGUUUUCUUAGAAAUACAAUAAAAGCACCUGUAACAUAGA